UAACUAUUUUUUAAAAUUAUUUAUAUAUCAUUGUAGAAUUAAUAGUUAAAUAUUUUUUACAAAAUCAAUAUAAAUCCAUUAAAUAAUUGUUCGAGAUUUUAUGGACUGUAUUAAUUAACAAGAAAUUAUAUUGGUUUACUAUCCUACUUUAUUUUUUCUUUUUUCGAUUACCACGUUGUUACUAUAACGGUCAACUAACUUAUUUAAGGACUCAAAUAAAGACGGCAAAGCUCCGCCCCACCCGUGCGUUAUGGUACACAAAAUAAAUACAACAGUGCAGGUAGUAACAGACCUGCAGCUUUGAAAUUACAUUUCAAACAAAAUAAAAAUUUAACUUAUAAGAGAAAAACACAAAAAAAAUAUUUGUUAUAAUAUAACGAAACCCAGCACAGUGGGAAUGUGGCAUAGUUGGGUCAAGUAUAAUGAUAUCUGACACUUUUCCUAGUCCAAGUUAAGAUAAAUAACUAAAAUAUGGACAUAAGAAAAAAUUUUUGUAAUUUAGUAGUCUUCUAAAUAUUAUUAAGCAUUACAAAACGCUUUUGAGAAUAGAUAAAAGUAAAAAAAAAACGAAUAUUAAGUUGCAAUUUAAAUAAGUUUAAAUUUUUUGGCUCGUUAAAAUUAAUCAAUUAAUUAUUAAAAUAUUUUUGUAUUCGAUUAUUCCAAAUUUAAAGCAUUCAAGAUAAAUAUAAAAAGUCUUUGAAGUUGUAUAUAAAAAAUGAAGUUUAAUUUGAAAUAUGGGGACUCUAUCAAACCAGGCAAGUAAUGCCAUACGUUGACGGCAAUAUAUGACGCACACACGACAUUUAUGCAUGAGGCGACCUAUAUCGAAUAAAAUUACUUGACACAAAUAUUAACAGAUGGGCAAAUGUAGUUAACAACGUGAAAAACUGACAGAAAUAAAAUAUAAAUGAAAAAUAAUUGAAUAAAGCAAAUAAGUUCAUACCAACUCGGUCAAUGAAAAUCGUUUGAAAAUUAAGAAAGGAAAUGUAAAAACUUAGAGUUGGAAUGGCUUUAAAAGUCCUUUAUUUAAAGAACGAUUUAAAGAUAUAUCUAGUUCAAUUUUAAAUGAAGCAAACAUCUGUCGAUAAUUAUAAAUUUAAACAAUAUACACAUACUUCACACGAAAUUCUGUAUAUAACCACAUUCAUUUAUUGAAUAUAAUAUAAAAAAAAUUCAAUUUUUUCGAAAAACAAAAUAAAAUACAAUGAACAUUAUGACAUCAAUUGCAAUUAAGUUACUUUUAUUUCUAUUAAUUUGUCGCAUGAACAGAUUAGUUAAUUCAACGAGCUUGACUGAUUUAAAAUCAACUAAUAGUCAUGAGUAUUUCAAAUGUUCUUGCAUGUUUAGUGCCUUGACUUAUAUGAAAAUUACUCAAGGAUUAUUAAAAGGCAAUGAAGAACAUUUGUUACGCAUAAUAGUCCAUAUAUGCAAGUACAACCAAAUUGUUAAGAAACAAAUAAGUACGUUGUAUGAUAGAGCUAAAGAAAAAAUUGGAUCUUUAUGGUUAGUAUAUAUAUAUUCAAGUAGCUUAAUCAUAUUUUUACCUAAAUUUAAUGACGGCCAGAAAAUGACGAAAAAUGACGAUCGAUUCAAAUAUAUUGAUAAAGCUCUUGAUUAUGUCAUACAAAUGUUGCAACAAGAUGUAAUAAAUUGUGAUAAGUCAAACGAAUUUAAUGUUGACAUAACAAAUCUCAAUUUCAAAAAAAUAACGAAUAUAAAAAGUAUAAAUUUACUAUUGUUAAAAAAUAGUAAAACAAUAAAUAAAUUUAUUGAAAUACACAAUAGUCCUGAAUUAAUAUUACCUGAAAGAUUCGAACGAAUUUCUAAAACCAAAUUAUUCAUGAGAAACGCUGUAACAAAUCAACAAGGAUUACAAUUUUUAGAAAACGAAUAUAAUGUCCAAGUGAAUUGGAGUAUUAAUAUGAAUAAGGACAUUUUGGUAAUGUUUAAAAGAGCUAAUUCACUUGACUGGUCAGACGGAAAUUUUAAAUCAAUUAAGAAUUAUUAUGUAUUGUUCUUUAACUUCUUUAAGGUCAUUAUGUUAAGGUUGACUUGGAAACAUUUUUUGUACCUUCAACACCAAAAUAUCAAUGUCGUAGAAUAUCUUGCAAAAGAAUGGUUACUAAUAUUAAAUAAUUUUUCUCAGCUUACAUGUGUAGAAAAUGAUUCUGAUAUUGUUAAAAUUACAUCAAAUAUCAAUGAAUUCAUUAGUUAUAUUCCAAAAAAUAAAAAUGGCUCAGUAGAUGAAGAUGAGUUUCCAAAUUAUAAACAACAGCAUUAUUUUAAAUUAGAAUCCGAAUUGAAAAUUAUUCUGACCGAUAUUUGUAUUCCUUUGAAAUGUUAUGCAAUAGCGCCAAUUUUUUUGUUUGGUCAGGAACACCCUGAAAGAGCAAACAAACCAGCUCAUAAUCCUGAAAAACUUGAAACUGUAGAUUAUUACAGUUUGUUCAAUACAAGAAUGUUUUUAAAACAAAUUAAUACUCUUUCUGAAUAUACUGACUAUAAUUUAGUUAGAUCAUUUAUAAAUUACAUAGACACAUGUCCCGAAAUAGAAGCAAAUAUUAUUGAUUAAGUAGUAUGUUAUUAUAUUAAAUAAAAUCUAUUUUUUUUCACAAUUUAAUUUCGAAAUUUUUUAAGAAUAUAACUAUAAUUUUGCCGGGUUCUUAUGUGACAACCAUCUCUGAUGUUAAAAACACAAUAAUUAUAAUAACGUUUAAUUUUUAUCUGUUAAUAUAUUCAUACUAUUUUUUGCGUUAUUUAUUUAUGUCUGUACUGUUUCCUGUAUUAUUAUUAAGGUGAUAAUAAUUUGUAUUAAUUACAUUAAAUUUACAAUAUUAUAUAAAUUUACAAUAUUA